AUGCGAAUUGCUAGUAUCAGUAAACCAAUCACCUCAACAAUCGCUGCAAAACUCGUCGAGUCCGGAAAACUAGACCUCGACAAAGAUAUUCACGAAUAUCUUCCAGAUUUUCCCAAAAAAUUGUGGAACGAGAAACCCGUCAAAAUCACAACCAGACAAUUAUUAUCGCAUUCUGCCGGUAUUCGACAUUAUUUGAAUGAAAAAGUAAGUUUGAAAUUAUCUACUCGUUUAUGA